AGACAUAGAGAACUAUUUCAGCAACAGAACACACAGACAUGAUCAGGGUUGUUUUAGCGCUGCUGCUGCUGGGAGUAGCUCUCCAGUCUCCACUGCCGUUUGACUGUGAUGACGUCUACAAAUCUGGAUGGGGUCAGAAUGGCGUCUAUACCAUUUACCCGGCUGGCCCCACCUCCGCUGUGCAGGUUUACUGUGACAUGGGACAAGACGACACAGGCUCUGCUGCAAAAUGGACAGUCAUUCAGAGGAGAAUGGAUGGCACUGUGAAUUUCUUCAGGAAAUGGGAACACUACAAGAACGGGUUUGGGUUUGCUGGUGGCGAGUACUGGCUCGGUUUGGAGACGAUGCAUUUAAUGACAAAAGAGAAAAGGUAUGAACUGAGAGUGGACCUGGAGGACUUCGAAGGGACGUCGGUUUACUCACAUUUCGCAUCUUUCGCUGUUGGAACAGAAUCAGAUGGUUACAGGCUCAGUGUGGGGACGUUUGUCAAAGGAGCGGGAGGAGACUCACUACAGAUCCACAAUGGCCAAAAGUUCACCACUUUCGACAGAGACCAGGACACGCACGGCUCAAACUGUGCGGUGAUCUGUUAUGGAGGCUUCUGGUUUGAGGCGUGUUUUGCAGCCAAUCCAAACGGAGUGUACACAUGGGGGCCAUCACCGCGCUACGCCGGCGUUCACUGGAGAACUUUUAAAGGACUCGAGUACUCCCUGAAAACACUGGUUAUGAAGAUACGCCCAGUGAAAGAAUGAAAUAGAAGUACAAGAAAAUA